AUGACUGCUCGAAGAUCGCCUUUCCUCCCGACUUCCCUCGAGACUAUUCUUCUCUCCAUAUACCCAGUGACUCUUGUCGUCGGGUCCAUCUUCGCUCUCCUCGAUCCCACAGCACGAGCUGCUCCCUACAACGCGACAACACAAUCGCACUUCGCAGAUACUGCGCCAUCAUACUUUGCGACAAAGGGCAAUGUGUUCAACAGGUUUUUCGUCAAGCAAGGAUGGGCAUGGGUGACUUUCAGUUACCUAUUCUUCCUGUUCACACAUCCUGCGACAGGACCUCCAAAUACUCUGACCCUCACACAAAAACGGUUACGAGGAAUAUUCAGAUACGCUAUUGUUACCGUAUGGUGGAUAUUCGUCACACAGUGGUUCUUUGGACCUGCUAUUAUUGAUCGAGGCUUCAGGCUCACCGGAGGACAAUGCGAGCUGGUCGAGCAAGCCGAGGCUGGGAAUGUUAAUAUGGACGAUACAAGACAAUUUGUCACUGGUGUAGCAUGUAAGGCUGUUGGUGGAAAGUGGAAAGGCGGACAUGACAUAAGUGGACAUGUCUUCUUGUUAGUCCUGGGCAGCAUGUUCCUAUUCGAAGAAGUUCUACAUGUUACCAUGAAGACCACAACAGCGAAAGAAGAGAGGACUAUCUUGAUGAACGAUGGAGCAGUGAAGAGCGCUGAGGUUGAAGCCGAAGCGGGGACAGCUACUGAGGGGCAGUGGACUUUGGGUGCCAAGUUUGUGUUGGGAGUAGGUGCUUUGAGCGUAUAUAUGCUCUUGAUGACUGCAGCCUACUUCCACACAUGGUUCGAGAAGCUUACUGGACUACUCGUAGCAUUAAGCGGUAUCUUUGUUGUUUAUUUCCUACCUAGAGCCAUACCCGCUCUGAGGGACGUGAUCGGCAUGCCAGGAGUAUAG